AUGUCCAGCGCUCCGACACCCCACGCACCGCCGUCAGCGCGAGCAUCCCAGCCGCCUACGGGUGCUGCGACCCCGGCCCUGCCUUUUGCGGCGCCACCCAUACCUAGCAUUCCUCCGCCCUCUACCUUCGACGUCCUGCCCGACCUCCACAAGCUCCUCAAAAGGCUUCUCGAGACACCGUCGCAACCGCCAGCCGCGACCCCUACGCCAUCCCAGUUAUCUGCAGAUGGCCCCCUCGAGAUCCAGCACGUCGCAACCGCCGCGAACGACAUCCGUCUAAAGAUCCAAAAGGCACGACGCGCCGUCAUGGCCCUGCCUGACGUAGACCGGACGUGCGAGGACCAAGAGGAAGAGAUUGAGGAUCUCGAAGCGCGCAUUACCAGCCUCAAGACUUUCUUGAAGGAGCUAGGGCGCCCGGCGGCGGACCCCGAGGACGGAGACCAGAGCUUCAUGUCCGGCGACUGCAUGGAUGCGCUGGACUUCGCGCUUGCUCAGGGCGCUGAAUGGUAG